AUGACGGCGUCGUUGCCGAUGUCGAGUGACCCGCCGGAGGUGGUGCUGCAGAUCUACGAUGAAUGGCGUAGAUGGCUGGAGCUUCCCGGUGAGUUGCCGCAGAUUGUCUGGGAACGGAUGCACCAACGUGGUGAGUAUCUGAGGAGCCUCCUUCAGUUCAUGGUCUGCGGCUCCGAGCCGCACCGAAGUGGCAGCGACGAGCAUGCCGAGUGGAGGUCGCACAAUGCCAUGCAGACCACCUGUAUGGUGCUCACCGCUCCAGGUUGGCAUGUCGCGAAUGCCACCCUGGCAGCCACCUGCCUAGAACUCUUGGGAGGUCUACAGCCUGGAUGCCCCGGGUUCAGCCUUCACAUCUGCACCGUCCUGCAGCACUUGCUGAUCGCGCACGAGGCGGACGUCUUGGCGCUGCUGCUGCACUACCAAGCGCCCUUCGUGUUGCUACGCGCCUUGAACCGUCCGGGAUGUUCGGAAGUACUGCAGAUCUUAUUAGGUGCAGAUGCAAUGCUUCCCAGGAUAGUGCCUCACAUUGCCAUGAGGCCGCUCCACGUGACUUCAUUGCAGCAGGUGCGACAAUACUUGCUGGCAUUCCAGUGGCCCAAGUACUUGGAGGCUGUGCUGGCUGGAGCGGUCCAGACCUCUAAGAGGGAGCCUGGCACACCUGGGACGCCACAAGUGAAGUUUCAGAGCCCAGGCCAAAGCUACGCCUUGUUCAACGCCGCAACGGCAGCAGCUGUCAACACCCGAGGCAACUCCGCUCCAGUCCUUGGAGGCACACAGGUCCUCGCCGUCAACAGAGGCCACAUGCAGAGUGAACAUCGCCAUCCCCCCAGCGUACGCGCCAUGGGAAACAGCUGGCGCCGCCAUGGUGAGCUUCCUGGACCUUUUUUGGGUGAGCUUCGAGAGCUCCAAGCUGUUGAGGUCUACAACAAGCUGCAGGACACAAGAGAGUUGAUCUUGGUGGUGGAUACCACUUUGGACAAUGCAGCGGAGAUGGACGAUGACACUGCUGAAGUGAACUUUCUGCCCCCUGAGCGUUUCAAACGAUUUCUAGUGGAGGUGAUCGCCAAGCGUCGUGCACGGGGUUGGACCGUCGUGGUCAUGUGCAACGGUCCAACGAGUCCACGGCGUCUGGGAGGAUUGGGCGGUGAGGAUCCGACUUUGGUGAAGGAAGUGUGCCGAAUGGCAGGCAAUGUGGAGGGCUUCUAUCACCUGUUUCCUUGGCUCAGCCCCAAGCACGACUUCUUUGAAGCAGGCCGUUUGUAUCCCUCUCUGAUAGCAAGGGACAGGGGAAGCUAUUUGUUUCUAAGCAACUUUGGGAUUGCCAGCGACCCAUACAUUUACCGUGCUUUAGAUAUCAAGUUUGUAGUGAACUGCUCCCGUGACCUUCCUUUCGUGGACGAAGUGGCCUCGCUUCUGCAAUCAAAACCUACUGGCUCCACUGGGAACGAGUCGCAGGCACCGAUUCGGACUGAUCUGCAUGUGGAACUCACUGACCGCUUUCGAGUUCCUGUGGACGAUUCUGUCGACCAUCGGAUUUGCGAGCACUUUGCAGACAGCGUACGGUUUAUCGCAGAAGCCAUGGAGAAGCAAGCAGGACACGUGCUGAUACACUGUAAACAUGGCCAAAGUCGUUCAGCCACCAUUGCAGCUGCAUAUUUGCUUUACGACUCCCAACAGAAGGGAACUCCAAAGACAGUGCAGGAGGUUCUUGCAGAUCUCAAGCAUUGUCGGCCUAGGGUCAGUCCCAAUGAAGGAGCGUUCGAACGGUCGGCGUCCAUCCGGGAUGAUGAUCCCCUGACCAAUGGCACCAGCAACCAGAAAGGAAGGAUCCAGGCUGCAGGUGAGACGUGGAUGCCUCGGGCGCCUCCCACGCAGACCUCGCAGGUGAUGUGCACCCCGCCUCGCUGUCGACCUUCCAGCGAGGGGCUGGGGAGGGAUUCGCCAGAUCUUCAGGAGGAUUCCAGAGGGGUAGCGGUGCCUCUGGAUUUCCUGUCCAGUAUCUUGCAUGCCUUCAAGCGUUCGGAUCAGGUGGCUGAACGCUGCCUGGCCCGGAUGGCGGAAGAUUGGGAGAGUCAGGAGCGUGCCAAGGUUCAGGUGUUGCUUCUGAAAGACUUUUUCAUCGAGGUGCCGUUGGUCUCAACGCUUUGCCUGCUAACUGGGAGCGAGUUCGAGUCUGCAUCCUUGCUGAACAGCCUCCUGCAGCAUGCGCUUCAAAUCCAUGGCAGCCGGCCUGAUGUGGUCGAAGCGCUGGCAGGGCAGUGCUUGCAGCAUUUGGACGCAGUCUUCUCGGCCUUAGGUCUUCAUUUGCUGAAGAUGAGGAGUGGCCGGGAAGUUGCGAUGGGCGAAGGCAGGGAGGCCUUACGCUUGAGCGGGUACGUAGUUCAAGAGCCCUUGGGGGCGUUGCGGGUGGAAGUGGUUCAAAUCAUAUCAGUUCUUUCGCGUUUGGUGCCGGAGCGUUUGUUGCCACUGGUGAAGCCAGCGGUAUGGAAUGCUCUCGCCAAAUGGUUCUUCAUGUACAGAUGCAAUCACAUUUUUCAGGCUGCCUGCAGCAAACUUUGGGUACAAGUCAUCCGCUACGGGAGUCCAGAGCUGCAAUAUCAGAUCUUCAUGAACCUGCGUCUCUUUGCAGGUUUAUGUGAUGCGAUUCUGACUGAGGGCACUUGUGGGGAUCGAUGGCACAAUCUGGCGCCCGAGACGAGAUGCGAUUCACAACGGAGAGUUGAGAAGCGGCAGGUCACAACUUGCCAAGCAAAACAUCCAGGGGGCCUGGGGGCGAUUGCGCGGGACUCAGACGAGCGUGAAGCGGUGGUAAAGGGAUCAAAGGUUCUGGUGGUCCGAGCACUUGCGGACGCUGUGGAGAAAUCCCAGGCGGUUCCUGCCUUGCGCCGGCCCUUGGCCGAACUGCCGCAGACGCAGGUCUUAGCAUCCAAGGAUAUCAAGGUCCAGGACUUGCUGGGUCUGAGUCUUGCGGGGGCUACCAGGUUAGCGGUGAUGAAACUGGGGUGGGCUCGGGACGUUCCAAUGUUGGCAGAGGGGUUGCCAAACUGCGAGGAAGUGCAGGGCUUCUUGAAGAAGAUGGUAUUGAAAGCUUUGCCACCACCGGCCACAGCAGUGAAGAUUGUGGCAAAGGCGGUACCUCGAGGUACCGGAGUCUUUGACAUUUGA